UAAAUAGCGACUAAUGUGACAGUAAUAAGUAUCGAGAGCUCUAUCGGUGUUAUCUUUCGUCAGAUUAAGGUCGUGCCUCGAGACUCGAGACGUGUCUGUGCGCAGAAUUGUUGUGACGCACAGAGGGUCAUCGGAGCUGCCUUCUCCCAAAGUGUUUCUCUUUAAACAAAGAUCAAGUUCGAGGUGGAACCACGACGACAAACAUCUCACGUUCGAUGGUAGGCGAGAAGGGAUCCCGUACGUCAAGUCAUCGCUUAGUCUCACGAAGCGGGACCAAUCUCGGGGAAUCAGUCUCGGUAGCAGUCGAGAUCGCGGUAAGAAAAGAGAUCACAACUCGACUACUAGGCGAUGAUGUUCGCUAACGCGGUACAAGCGAAGCUGGCGUCGAUGGUGCUGAUCGGCGCCGGUAGCUUCUUCAUCGGCAUCGCGCCCGCCUUCUUCAUCUCGAGCGUGCAACGUCUACAACGAAGACUGCUGCUCUCCUGUGCCCUUUGCUUUGGCGCCGGUGUCCUCCUGGCAACCUCGAUGCUGCACGUAUUGCCGGAAGUGCGCGAGGCUUUGCCCGAAUACGCCGAACUCAUGUUCUCCUGCGGCUUCCUCGUACUCUACCUGGUCGAGGAAUGCGUUCAUUACGUUUGUCGAAGCGGCGAUCACGUGGCCGAGACGAAUCCUUCCAGGCAAAGCAACGAGCGAGGUUGUUUGAACUGCCGAAACCAUUCCCAUGAGGUCGGUUACAAUGCCACCACACAAGAUAACAAAGUUUACGUAUCCGAAGGAAAUACGAGAUUACCGCUUAAUCAUCGACAGAGUUUCUUUGGUAACAAUAACACCAAUAGCACAUGGGCGUCUAGCGGCUAUGGUGCGACGCGAUGCAACGUACACGACGGUCCUUCGUCGAACGAGGAGACAACAUUUUUGUGUCAUGGAAAUCACGGGGAGCAAUGCACCGAUGCUAAUACUGGUCUUGCUGGUCUUGCCUUCGCCCUCACCGUACACGCCGUCCUUGAAGGACUUGCGAUAGGGCUGCAAACGCAAAUCGCCGAGGUGUUAUUGCUGACUGGAGCUGUAGCAUCGCACAAGUUUGUCGUCGGCUUCUGUUUGGGAUUAGAAAUGGCGGGAGUCAGCAAAUCUGUGCCUAAAUUAAUAUUUGCAGUUUUCAUAUUCGCCAUCGGAUCUGUCAUUGGAAUCGGUAUCGGCAUGCUAACAUUUCAGGCAAAUACAGAUUGGUCAAAAGUGGUAUUGCCGAUCCUGCAAGGUCUAGCAGGCGGAACUUUGUUAUAUGUUACCGUGAGUGAGGUUCUUCCGAGGGAAAGAACAAAAUGGCAUAAAAGUUUGCGCAAAUUUGCAGGUAUUUUUCAAUUUUUUUCGGUACUUGUCGGAUUUGUCGUUAUCUUUCUUCUUAACAACUAUGUGGGUGAGUGAAUUCUGGUCAUAAUAGAUUUCAAAUUAAUUUGCUAAAAAGAACAUUGUAUAAAAUCUUAAAACCUGAUACAAUUUACGUUGACUUGUAAUAUUUAGUUUAC